AUGGAUCUUAAAUAUUUAAUCUUAAUGAUUGCCUUCGCGACAGUUGAAAUCAAUGUUACUGAAAGUCGUCAGAACGACAAAAGACGAUGGAAAAAUGACAAGGUUUAUUCGCACUACGUUAAUAUUUGCGAUAUACAGGACAGAGGUUCUAAAGUUCAUUGUUACUGUGAAAGCAUAAAAAUAAAAACUGCAACGAAGGCUGACUGUUGGGUAUUCAAUGGCGGUAUAGCUGAAGAUGAUCCGUUCUGGUCCAAUUUUUAUUCGCAACCGAAAAUAGAGAAAUUAACAUUUAACGUCAGAGCUGACGGCGGACUGACAUACAUACCCGCAAAAGUAAUUGUUAGAUUAGAACGAUUACAAUACCUUAAUAUACAGUAUGCAAAUAUUUAUAGUAUAUCAUCCUUUGCAUUCACAAAUUCAACAACGCUGAGAGAAAUUACCAUGCCCAAAAACAAGAUAGGCAGACUAGAAAAGAUGUCAUUUGCCCAUCUGAUAAUGCUAUCAAAUGUCAGCUUAGUAGAAAAUCAGAUAUCCGAAUUGAAACGGGAUGUGUUCUACGUCCUACCCAAUUUACAGAGGCUAUAUCUGUCGAGAAACAUAAUUAGUGUCCUUCACGACGGUUGUUUCAAACAUCUAAAUAACCUCAUAAAAUUGGACAUAGACAACAAUCAGUUGACAGUCGUCAUUAGGGAGAACUUCCAAGGCCUAUCUAAUCUGAUCACGUUGGAUAUGAGAAACAAUAAAUUAACGAUGAUAGGGGACCUUGCCUUUGCGGAACUUUGGAGUCUUCAAGAACUUUACCUGGAUGGAAACGAAAUAGAAUUUAUAUCCGAGAGAGGUUUUGGGGGAUUGACUCAACUGCGAAAACUUUCGCUAGCCGAUAAUAAGUUGGGGACAUUAGACGACGGUGUGUUAGACGAUAUUCAAAAGUUGAACGUUUUGGAUUUGAGAAACAAUAAUUUAGAUACAUUGAAACAAGAAGCCGUACAAAAUGUUUUGGAAAACUUGAAGUCGAAUUACGCAUUAAUCUCUUUAGACGGUAACAAGCUAACCUGCGACUGUCGUUUGUCCUGGCUGCACAAACUUCGAAACGAAACCAAAAGCAAGCGUGUAAAAGCUUCGCUGUCACGCCUAAGCUGUAUCAUGGACAUUAAAUCAAAUCCGUUAAGUGCGACCAAAGUAGAAAAACCACAAAAAACAAUCCAAAGUGCAUACAAGAAAGACAUAGAUUAUGAAGAAGAUGAAUUUGAAGAUAGACAUUAUGAUGAAACAAUGCAAGACCAAGAAACAGAUAUGGAUGAUACAACGAGUAAAAUAGAAUACAGACGGAAAAUACUUGCAAUACCUACAGAAAUGUUACCUUGUCCGAACCGUUUAAUAUAUGAGGCUUCUUACUCUCCACCGACACAAGAUGAGGUCAAAUAUUACAAGACUUCAUCAAGCUUGCGGAUGCAGGCAACGACUUUAAACUUGAUACUAGCAAUUGCAGCAGUAUUGUAG